AUGCAGGAUGAAAAUGAGCUAAAUGAAAACUAAAUUAAUCAUUUAAUUUAAGCAUUCUCAGCACUAAAAAAUAUUCUUCUCCUAGAAUUACAUAUUGGGCAAACAAACUUUCUUUUUAAUAAAGGUUGUAAUUUAAUUCAAACUUGGUUUUAAAACCUAAGCAAUUUACAAUAGCUAGAAAUUAUAAUAGAAGCUGAGAAUUUCAUUGGAAAUGACGGAUUAAUUGCUUUGUCUUAAGGUAUCAAAAGUUUAGAUUAACUCCGUGUUCUAGUUAUAUCGAUUGAUGACUAAUAUAAUGAAGAUUAAUAUACUGAUAUAUCCCAUAAAUAAAUAGAUAUUACAUCAACUGAAGAAAUAGCCCAAGCCAUAAGAGAACUAAAAUGUAUAUAAGAGAUUCAUUUAGAUAUAAAUUCUGUUUGUAGUUUGAAUUUAUUAUCUGUGAUUUUGAAUAAAAACAUUUAAUAUCCAAACUAAGUUUACCUAAACCACUUUCAAAAACUAAAUUUUGUAAAAAAUAUUGAAGUAUAAAAUGAAUAAAACAUUUAAAAGUUAUCUCUUAUAAUUACUCCAUAUCGAAGCAUUAAACAUUAAGGAUCAAAAGCAUUGUCAUUAGGAUUACAAUAAAUAUAAUCUUUGGUAUAUUUAUCUAUUGAAAUAGGAUUUGGUAAUAGCAUAGGACCAGAUGGAGCUGAAGAAAUCAGUAAUGCCUUAAAACUUCUAAUGAAUUUAGAAAGCUUAAAUUUAAAUUUUUCAUACACAAAAUUAAAUAAAAAUGGAGCUCUCUGUAUCAUUGAUGCAAUAAAAGAAUUAAAGCUAUUAAAAUCACUUACUUUUAUAGUUGGAGAACACAAUUCAAUCUAAAAAGAAAGUAUUAUUGAGUUAGGAAAUUCAAUAGAAAGCUUAAAAAAUUUACAAUUCCUUAGAGUUGUAGUUAAUUCUGGAAAUAGCAUCUUAGAGUAUGGUAUGAAAGCAUUUCUAGAGAGUCUUUCAAAUUUAAUUAACCUAAAUCAUCUUCAUUUAAAUUUAUAGACAGAUUCUCUAUUUUUCAGAAAAUAUUAGAAUUACUGCGAUUAUUUUCUAAAUUUACCAAAACUUUAUUCAUUGACCUUUAAACUAAAGGAUUAAAUUCUCUCUGAAAUAAACCCAAAACGAAAAAUUAAAAAAUUAGUUAAUUAUCAGAGUAAAUAUCAAAUUAUUUGA